AUGAUUCUUCCGUCCAGUGAAUCGUUGACGGCCGAAAAAGUGGCCAACUACCUACCUUUAUCCGGUCAUCUUCCCGAGAUUCCAGGACGCAUUAUCAACGUCACACAUCAAAUACCGUACAAUAUUCUUCGAACGCAGGACACCGCCUCUGCUAUACGGAAAGACGAUCCGGCGGCAGCCGCUCCCGUGAGCCGACUGGCUCGCCAUCAUUAUCGUAGCCGUACUUUGCGGGCAAAGUUCCACGCGGCCGACUGGACGGUGGUCGAACGUCGGGGCCAUCAGGCGCUCUAUGCCGGAUUGCAAAGUUUGAACAAGAACUGGGAGACCCUCCAUAUCGGAUGGACCGGUCCCAUUCGUAUCAAAGGCAGUAAAAAACAAGUGGCACCGGAACAAGUCGCUCUUGAGGAUAAGAAGAAAUUGCAGGAAUUGUUGUGGAACAAGGCCCAUGUGGUACCUAUUUUCUUGGACAAAACAUCGCAUGGUCAUUACGAAGGUUACUGUAAAGAAGUCCUGUGGCCCUUGUUCCAUUACAUCGUUUCGUCCAAAGCUACCGACGGCCGUGCAGAACUCAAUAACUGGGCCGAUUAUGUCGCUGUGAACCGACAGUUUGCAGACACCAUCAUUGCUCAUUAUCAACCCGGCGAUAUUGUAUGCAUUCAUGAUUAUCAUCUGUUGCUGGUACCUCAAAUGCUGAGAACGCAGUUACCAGAAGCCACCAUUGGCAUCUUUAUCCACGCCACCUUUCCCAGUUCCGAAAUCUUUCGUUGCUUGACAACCCGGAGUGAAAUAUUGGAAGGCAUGUUGGGAGCGACAUUAGCUGGGUUCCAGACGUAUUCGUAUGCUCGCCAUUUCAUUUCAUCCUGCACCCGUGUUCUGGGAUGUGAAUCCAAUCAAGUAGGCGUGAAUCAUAAUGGCCAUAUUGUAUCUGUGGGUGCCUUCCCUAUCGGUAUCGACGCCGACCGUGUGCACCGGUUUUGCAAGGAGCCAGGUGUAGCGCCGAAAAUCAACGCUAUCAGGGACAUGUAUGCUGGCAAGAAGAUCGUGAUUGGCCGUGACAAGUUGGAUGAGACGAAAGGCGUUCUGCAGAAACUCUUGGCGUUUGAAAAGUUCUUGCACGAUUAUCCGGAAUGGCGUAAUAACGUGGUCUUGAUCCAAGUCGCCACGCCUACACACGGCGAACACGCCAAAUUGGAAGCCAAAAUCUCGGAAACAGUAAGCCACAUCAAUGGGACUUAUGGCUCGUUGCAGUUUACGCCGGUGCACUAUUUCCAUCAAGAUAUCGAUCGGGAUGAAUACUAUGCAUUACUGUCGGUGGCCGAUGUGGGAUUGAUUACCUGCGUGCGCGAUGGCAUGAAUACGACUUCGUUUGAAUUCACCAUUUGCCAACAUGAAACGCAUGCUCCGUUGAUUCUCAGUGAAUUCGCAGGCACCGCCAAUUCCCUGAGUGCCGCAAUGCUUAUCAACCCAUGGGAUUAUGCUGAAGUAGCAAAGGCCAUCCAUGAUGCACUCACCAUGUUACCAGAAGAGAAGUCCACGCGUCAUGAACAACUUUAUCAGCAUGUCAUUAGCCAUACCGCCGAAUUCUGGGCGCAUUCGUUUGUGAAACAGUUGGUGGACUGUAGCCAACAACAGUCGCUUCGUUCGCAUUCCACGCCUGCCCUGGAUCUGGAUAAACUGGUGCAUGCUUACACCAAUGCAAAGAAACGACUGCUCUUUUUCGAUUACGAUGGUACUUUGACGCCCAUUGUUUCUGUGCCGUCCGAUGCAAAGCCAGCCGCCGACAUGCUGGAAGCUUUAAGAGUUCUUUGCCGUGAUCCACGUAACGAGGUGUGGGUUAUCUCUGGUCGUGAUCAAGCUACCUUGGAUGAAUGGCUCGGCAAUGCUGUUCCCAAUUUGGGCCUCAGUGCGGAGCAUGGUUGUUACAUCAAAUCACCCGGUGAAGCCAACUGGACAAGCAUUGUCAAUGAUGUGGAUAUGAGUUGGAAGCAAGAUGUCACUAUGAUUUUUGAUUAUUACACCGAGCGAACCCAAGGCAGCUUUGUAGAACAUAAAAAAUCAUCCAUCACAUGGCAUUAUCGCAUGGCUGAUGCCGAAUACGGAGCGUUCCAAGCAAAAGAGUGUCAGAGCCAUCUUGAGAACGCAAUCGUGUCUCGAUUGCCGGUAGAAAUCCUCGUUGGCAAGAAGAAUCUAGAAGUGCGCCCCAUGUCCAUCAAUAAGGGAGAAAUUGUCAAGCGGAUAUUGACCCGGAACGCUGCAUGCGAACUCGUCAUCUGCGCUGGUGAUGACAAAACGGAUGAAGAUAUGUUUAGAAUGCUCAACGUGUGCCACUCGGGCAGUUCCUCUCAACCCAAUUCACCUACCACGGCUCGAUGGAUGCAACGCGAUUCCUCCCUGUUCUCAAUUACGGUAGGACCCCCCGAGAAGAAAACCAUGGCCAACUGGCACGUCCGGACAAGCUUUGAAGUGGUUGGAUUCUUGACCCGCUUGGCCGCUCAGGACAAACCACAGUAG